AUGGCGGUGGCUGCAGGUGGCGUCUGUCCCGAUGCUCAACAGGUUCUGGAUGUUCACAACUACUACCGUAGCCUUCACCAGGUCCCUCCCCUGCGAUGGGACGCCAAUUUGGCCAAAAGCGCCCAGGCCUGGGCUGAUGUGAUCGGGCCCCGCUGCUCACACGAACACUCCCCGGAUACCAAAAUCGGCGAGAACAUAGCCUUAUUCGAAUCGCAACCCAGCCCCGACUUCAAGUGCGCGCUGGCAGUUGGUGCUUGGUACGGCGAGAUUCAAUAUUACAACUUUAAUACUUCGCAACCAGCCGACGUUAAUGUUCCUCUAGGGCUUGGUCACUUCACUCAGGUGGUCUGGCGCUCAACAUCAAUUGUCGGCUGCGGACUGGCUACAGGGAAUAGAAUCCAAUACCAGGGUGGCUUUAGAUUUAACAUUGGCUGCCUCUCAGUUGUGUGCCGUUACAUGGAUGCGGGCAACGUUGUGAGCAAUGCACAGUAUCUGUACAACGGUGAGUCCCCGGCAUGGGGCAGAUGA